GAAUUUUCAUAUCGAGCGCCGCGUCGAGAGGUCGUGUCAAGGACAAGGCAGUGCGGAAUUCUCACCAUGGCGCCAAAGCUGCCUCUGCCUGACAACUUCUUCGCAUGCCCUCGUCUGACGACGGGAGAGGUCGACAUGCUUACUGUCGUCGCUGCUCGAACGACCAAGCAAGUGAUCAAGCAUGCCUGUGUGCAAGCCAAGAGCCGAAUUCGAUGGAGCCAGUACAGCCGACACCACGAUAGAGGUUUGGACACGUAUAUUGGGGAAGAUCCGUCGGCUCCACUCGGGGUCGUGUCAUGCCUGAUUCAAUCACAAAUCCACGCGACGUUGGACGAUGUGGCGAACAUACACUACUGCGCCAACACGACCAAGUACAAAGAGUUCAUUCGAACAUUCUUCGACGACAAAGACGGCAUUCAACUGUACACUCUCGCAAGACCUACAACAGAGCAGCCUAGGCGAUAUGUCGGCGUGAACUGGGCCAUGUCGAACGACAGCGGCAUACUGUCCAGGAAGCGCGACUGGUGCUAUGUCGAGGUACGAACACGCUCCUUUGUCGUAAUUCCCCCAGCACUGAUCGCAUGUCUUGUUCAGAGCCAUGACGAUGCUGUAAUCGAUGGAAAACGCGCGUGGGUACGAUCACUUCGAUCGAUUCAGUUGUCGUGCUGUCCGGAUCUGCGAACGGCCAAAGGGUUCAUUCGGGCCGAGCACUACCGUUCUGGGGUUGUGUACGUUGAAACCGAUGUCCCGGGGGUCUUGGACGUUCGGCAGCUCCAUCAAGUCGCGCUCAAUGGCACGUUGUCCAAACUGUAUCUGGGUCGGCACAUCGCCCUUGCCGUCAGCCGCCGCCGCAGCCGCUGCAUGGUCACUCGAGUGCAGCAAGUUCUCACGACCAUCCACUUGAGCAUGGCGCUGAAACCCAACGCAACUUCGUUCCUGUGUACGCUUUGCAACGGCCAUUUCAGACGGUCGCACCAAUUCUGCUGCCAUUGUCACAAGGUAGCCAAUUUUUCAAUCCUUGUCCAGUCGUUUUUGACGGGUCUACUUUGCCAGAACCUUGGCCGACAGUGCACGAGAAGAGGUACUGCUUCGUUGGACCACACGAACCGUAAUGGUAGUUCAGUCUUGUGCAUGUCAUGCGCCGAGCACAGCCUCCUGCGACCACCAACUCCGUCGAUUCGCAAAGUCGUGUUGCACGUUGGCACGUACGAUUCAGACAUGAUAGCCACCAGUGAAGAACAGGCCGAGGACUGUUUCGAUACUUGGAUAUCGUCUUGUUCAGGCAACCUCACAGUCAACAAAGCAACCAAACUCGAAUCCUUGCCGCGGGAAAGUGUCCCAAGUGUCAACGACGUCUUCCUUGUUUCGUUGCGUGCGUGACGUAAACCUGUGUCAUCUCACUACGCCUUCGGGAGGUUCCAGGAUGGUCUCGCUGCCACAGUACUGAUCUUUAGAGGUAACUGAGCAAAGAGUCUGAGUGACGUUGAUUCAUGGCAAUGGACCAUACUCUUGCAACGAUCUCUCCAAGACCGAUGCGCAAAUCCUGGCCAUGCCAAAGCGCCCGCUGUGUUCGGUAUGGACAUCAAAAUGUGACAUGCCUACGUCCUCGGGUGUGGCAUGUGUGCCCAAGUGGUACACACCUCGGUCGAAAGGGAGGAACCAAUGGUGGCUGGAAUGUGGACGAAGGC